AUGGCAGGCGGGUUAGAAAGAGUGUAUGGAACAGAGGAAGACAAAGUGAAUUGUUCAUUUUAUAUAAAAAUUGGAGCUUGUCGUUAUGAAAACAAAUGUUAAAGAAUUCAUAGCAUACCUCCAAUCUCUUAGACUAUUUUAUUCAAACAUAUGUAUUAAAACUCUCCAAUGGAAGUAGCAAUAGCUUCUGGAAAUGCAGUGUCUUAAGCGGGUAUUGAAGAGGCAUUGGAGAAAUUCGAAAACUUUUAUGAAGACGUAUUUUUGAAACUGGCAGAGUUUGGUGAGAUUGAAGAUUUGAUUGUAUGCGAAAACAUUGGAGAUCAUUUAGUGGGAAAUGUAUAUGUGAAAUACACAUCGGAAUUGUUUGCAGAGUCAUGUUUCAAUACUCUUUAGAAUUUAUCAUAUGAAAAUAGACCUUUGCAAAUGGAGUAUUCACCUGUUUUGGACUUUAGUAGUGCUAAAUGCAAAUAAUACAUUGAUGGGACAUGUUAGAGAGGAGGAGCAUGCAAUUACUUACAUCUUAAGAAGAUAUCGACAAAAUUCAAGAAGAGUUUAUUUAAUCAAAUGUAUGAGGAACACCCAGAAUAUAGAGAGAAAAAAGAGAAGGAAGUCGUUGAGUAAGACAAUUUAAUUGUUAUUCUGUUUAGAAAGAGUCCGAAGAAACACAAAAAGAAGGAGAAGAAAAGCAAUAAGAAGAAGAGUAGUAGUAGUAGGGAAUCAAGUCGCAGGAAUUCUAUUGAAAGACAGAAAAUGAUUAAUGAUUGGAAUGAAACUGGUAUCCAAAAUGUUUCAUAAGCACAAAAAAUGAUGUAUGGUAAUAAUAUGCCUGCUCCAGUUUAUACUCCUAAAGUAUCGAUGAGAACGAGUCCAGAAUUAUUGCAAUUGCAAUUGUAAUUGGCUGCUUUGAAGGAAUAGUUAGCUGCAAUUAAGAUGAGUUGA